AUGGAGGCUUGGAAUUUCUUGUGUGACAUAUUUCAGGAUAACAAACACUCUCGUGUUGUCACCCUUGAGUACGACUUCACUCAUGUAAACAUGGCAGAUUUUUCAAAUGUCUCGGCUUAUUUUCAACAUCUCAAAUAUCUGGCGGAUCAACUCAAGAAUGUCGGCUCCCCGAUCGCUAACGAUCGACUAGUUCUUCAACUUGUCUCUGGCCUUACCGAGCCUUAUCAAGUUGCUCGCUCAUCCGAGGGUCGUCCUAAUAUUUCUGAUAGUUCCUCUUCCAACCGCAAACCUAAUGGUGAGAAGAGGAACCACAAUCGAAACAAUAAUGGCAGAAAAUAUCAUGGCAAAAAUGGUGGUCGUGUAGGCGGCAAAAGAGUUUCUAGUAGUGGCGGUAAUGCAGGCUGUGGUGGUCAGCUAGGAAGCGACAACAUCCAUGACACUGGGCAGUAG